AUGGAGCAAUUGAAAGUGGAAUUAGAGGAAGAGACCGUGACGUACGGAGGUUCGUCUUCUGUGGGAUCUUCUUCGUCUCCGAGACCAAUGGAAGGGCUAAACGAGACAGGACCACCUCCAUUUCUGACCAAGACUUACGAGAUGGUGGAAGAUCCGGCCACUGACGCGGUUGUUUCGUGGAGCAGUGGCCGUAACAGCUUCAUAGUUUGGGAUUCUCACAAAUUCUCCACGACUCUCCUCCCUCGUUACUUCAAACACAGCAAUUUCUCAAGCUUCAUCAGACAGCUCAACACUUAUGGAUUCAGAAAGAUCGAUCCAGACAGAUGGGAAUUUGCGAACGAAGGGUUUUUAGCAGGUCAAAAGCACCUCCUCAAGGGGAUCAAACGAAGGAGAAACAUGAGUGUGAAUCAGCAAGGAUCAGGAUCAGGAUCGGGAUCAGGAGUAUCAUGUGUGGAGGUCGGGCAAUACGGGUUCGAAGGAGAGGUAGAGAGGCUAAAAAGGGAUCAUAGCGUGCUUGUCGCUGAGGUAGUUAGGCUGAGGCAACAUCAACACAAUUCCAAGAAUCAAGUUGCAGUUAUGGAGCAACGGCUGCUCAUUACAGAAAAGAGACAGCAACAGAUGAUGACGUUCCUCGCCAAGGCCUUGAACAAUCCAAACUUUGUGCAGCAGUUUGCAUUGAUGAGUAAAGAGAAGAAGAAUCUGUUUGGUUUGGAUGUUGGGAGGAAAAGAAGGCUUACCUCUAGCUCAAGCAUGGGGCCUGUGGAUGAGAGAGUUUUGCUAGAUCAGGAGUUCGAUAGAAUGAAGGAGGAUAUGGAGACUUUGCUUGCUGCGGCUAUCGACAAUGAGUCGAGUAAUUUGAUGCCUACUAAGGAGGAGCAGUGUUUUGAGGCUAUGAAUGAGAGAAUGGAAGAUAGUAACCUCGAAGCAGAGAUGGAUGUGAAAGUGGAAGAUUUGGUCGAUUCGCCGUUGGAUUGGGACAGCGAAGAUCUACAUGACAUUGUAGAUCAAAUGGGUUUUCUUGGAUCAGAAGCUUGA